AUGAAGAUUUUUACUUUGUCGAUGAUCCUUACCGGCGUUUUCCGACCUGUCAUAGCCGUGGCCCAGGAAUCUCUCAGUCCAAGCCCAAGCGCAGACCCUAGCGCACCCCCAUAUCGAGACAGCCUCAUUUCCCUGCACAAGUCACUUGUGGACUUCAACUCAACGACUGGCAGUGAGGCUGAUGUCGGCGAGUUCCUCAUCAACUAUCUGACGGAGCAGGGUUUUGCAGCAGAGCGCCAGACGCUCCCAUCGUCCAACAACUCGGCGGUGCGGUUCAACGUAGUCGCGUGGCCCGCUGCCCGGCAGUCAAACUCGUCCAAGGUCGUGGUGACAAGCCACAUCGACACCGUGCCGCCUUACAUCCCGUACUCGCGGACGGGACAUGAGCCACCCACGGCCGAAACGGUGAUCGCAGGGCGUGAAGUCACCAGCGAUGAUGUGAUGCUGGUAUACGUCGUUGGCGAAGAGCGGGCGGGCGACGGCAUGGUCUACUUCUCGAACGUCACGUCGCAGCAGCCGGAUCCGCCAAAAGCUGCCAUAUUCGGCGAGCCCACAGAAGGCCUCUUGGCUUGCGGCCACAAGGGCGGCCUCGCCUGUACGGUCACAGCGCACGGCCGCUCCGGCCACAGCGGGUACCCCUGGCGCUUUAAGACCGCCACGGAGCUGCUGAUGCGUGCCAUGGUCCGGACCAUAGACGCGGACUUGGGAACUAGCGAGAGGUACGGCAACACCACGACCAAUGUCGGUCUCCUGUCCGGCGGCGUCGCGCUCAAUGUGGUCCCUGACACGGCCACGGCCAGGACCGUUGUUCGGGUGGGCAUCGGGCCGGAACUGGAGGGCGGCGAAAUUGUCAAAUCCAGGCUACGUGACAUCUUAACAAGCAUAGACGACAAGGCUUUCGAUUUCGAGUGCGAUGUUAGGGGCUAUGGAGCUAUCGAAACUACCUGCGACGUCGAUGGCUUUGAAACAACUGUGGUGAACUAUGCACUGCGCAGACGAGAUGAGUGA